GUUGUAGUAAGAGUUUUUACAGUACGUUUAGGUUCUUGAAUUGGGCAAGAAUAACGAGGAUUUUCAGUUUUACUAAGCGGAAGCUUUAGUAUACCGAGCUGUCCUUUUUUAGUUUGGUUUUGAUGAGCAUAGCGGUAGCUUUAGUGUACCGAGCUGUUCUUUUUUAGUUUGGUUUUUGACAGGGCAUAGCGGUAGCUUUAGUGUACCGAGCUGUCCUUUUUUAGUUUGGUUUUUGAUAGAGUAUAGCGGCUGCUUUAGUAUACCGAGCUGUCUUUUGUUUAGUUUGGGUUUGAUCUGAUCUUUUGUUGAAGAACCUUAGGUUCUUGAAUUGGGCGAGAAAAACGAGGAUUUUCAGUUUUGGAAAUAGGGAGCAGCUGUGGUCCGUCCCUUUCUCAAAUUUCGUGGAUAGCGGAAGCUUUAGUGUAUCGAGCUGUCUUAUUUUAGUUUGGUUUUGAUGAGCAUAACAGUUGUUUUAGUAUAUCGAGUUGUCCUUUUUUAGUCUGGUUUUGAUUCACAUAGCGAUAGUUUAGUGUACCGAGUUGUCCUUGUUUAGCUUGGUUUUGAUGUACACAGAUUUGGUGGGGCUCUUUCUUUCUUGAACCCUUUGCACAGCGAGAGCUUUAGUGUAUUGAGUUGUGGGACUCUUUCUCGAAACUUGUGCAUAGUGGGAGCUUUAGUAUAUUUGAACUGUGGUGGGGCUCUUUUUUGAACCCUGUGCAUAGCGGUAACUUUAGUGUACCGAACUGGACGGAUCUUUGUUUAGUUUAGGUUUGAUCUGAUCUUUUUGUUUAAGAUCCUUUUUAGUGAGUUUUUGCUGUACGUUUAGGUUCUUGAAUUGGGAAUUUCUGGUUUUGGUGGUUGUGUUUUGAGUUUGAUCUAAGAGUGUUGGUUCUUUUUGAGGUUAUUGGUGUACUGGGGUUGUUGGAAAAUUAUCAAAUUAUGAUGCAACAAGAUCGUCGCAAGAAGAAUACAAAAGAAGUGGAGUUCUUUACGGAGUAUGGAGAGGCAAAUAGGUAUAAAAUUCUGGAAGUUAUAGGGAAGGGAAGCUAUGGAGUUGUUUGUGCCGCCAUUGAUACUCAUACAGGAGAAAAAGUGGCGAUUAAGAAAAUAACUAAUAUUUUCGAGCACAUUUCUGAUGCAAUUCGAAUAUUGCGUGAAAUUAAAUUGCUUAGGCUUUUAAGGCAUCCUGAUAUCGUGGACAUCAAGAGAAUCAUGUUACCACCGUCAAAACGAGACUUCAAAGAUAUUUAUGUUGUCUUUGAGCUUAUGGAAUCUGAUCUUCACCAUGUUAUUAAAGCUAAUGAUGACUUGUCACAUGAACACCAUCGCUUUUUCCUAUAUCAGAUGCUACGAGCACUGAAAUAUAUGCACACAGCGAAUGUGUACCAUCGAGAUCUUAAGCCGAAAAAUAUAUUGGCAAAUGCAAACUGUAAACUCAAAAUAUGUGACCUAGGAUUGGCAAGGGUUGCAUUCAAUGAUACGCCAAGCACAGUACUUUGGACGGAUUAUGUUGCUACAAGGUGGUACAGGGCUCCUGAACUAUGUGGAUCUUUCUUUUCCAAGUAUACACCUGCCAUCGAUAUUUGGAGUAUCGGCUGCAUUUUCGCGGAGGUACUGACAGGAAAACCAUUGUUCCCCGGCAAAAGUGUUGUUCAUCAGUUAGAUUUGAUGACUGAUCUUCUUGGGACGCCGUCGGCUGAUACCAUAUCUGGGGUUCGUAAUGAGAAGGCAAGAAAGUAUUUGACGAGCAUGCGGAAAAAGGACCCAGUUUCUUUUUCAGAGAAAUUUCCCGAUGCAGAUCCUCUGGUGCUGCGACUGUUGCAGAGGUUGUUAGCAUUUGAUCCAAAGGAUCGACCUACUGCCGAAGAGGCUUUAUCCGAUCCUUAUUUCAACGGACUGGCCAAGAUUGAGAGGGAACCGUCUUGUCGGCCAAUCUCUAAUCUGGAAUUUGAAUUUGAGAGACGAAGGGUAACAAAGGAGGACAUUAAGGAGUUAAUUUUUCGGGAGAUAUUGGAAUAUCAUCCGCAACUUCAAAAGGAUUACGUUGCUGGAAAUGACGGCACAAAUUUCCUCUAUCCUAGCGCAAGUGAUCAGUUUAGAAGGCAAUUUGCUUAUCUCGAGGAAAAUAAUCGUAACAGUGGGCCAGUUAUUCCUCUCGGUAGAAAGCACGUCUCUCUCCCACGAUCUGCAGUCAAUUCCAGUACCAUUCCCCCCAAACCUAGGCAGAACGUCUCUGUGUUUGAUCAUACGCAAGUAACAGAAAAAUCGGCUACUGAUGUCAGAGUCGCAGAGAAAAUCUCAGGAACUACACAAAACUUUUCACGACCACCACACCGUGUCCAUGCAGCCAAACCGGGGAGAGUUGUCGGGCCAAUUUUACCGUACGACGGAAGAGCACAUACGCACAAUACUGGCCUCCUUCCUCAUGGCAUUUCUCCACAUUACAUGUUCAGGAUGAGCCCCGGGAAUCGAGAGAAGUGUGGAACAGAACCCAAGGACACAACCCAAGUUCGGCCCCUACCUGCUCAACGCAACAUGAGCGUUGAGAUGAACACCAACCCGUAUUAUCAGACACAAGAAAAAGUAGUAUCACAGUUGGGUGGUCAAAUCGGAAUAGAUGCAAAACUACUACAGGCACAAACCCAAUUUGGUGCAGUCGGUGCUGCAGCUGUUGCCGUUGCUGCUCACAGAGAGGUUGGCACCGUCCAAUAUGGUCUGACUUAGCCGAUGUUCUUUCAAUGGACGGAGUAAAAAUUCAAGGCCUACGUUCAUCCAACCAACCAAGCCCAUCGGAGAUUCAAUGUACAUCAUGCGAAUGUAUCGGUAUGUAUAUGGUAUCUGGUUCGGUCUCUCUGCCAAAUUUACUCAUUUCUCAGUUCAGCUUUUCCCUAUGAGUUAGUAUGUAAAUUUGUAGACUCUGUAGCUACUGCAUUGUUGAUCCCAUUAAUGAAUAAAAUUAUCGUUCUUCACGCCA